AUGCAGAGGCGAGUCCGGCGAUUCCUCACUGCUAUAAGAGAGCACAGCUCCGUGAGUUACGCUAAGAUUGCUACAAUGAGUGGCUUCUGCGACGUUGAUCUCAUCACAAUAAAAGCAACGGCUCCGAACGACUUACCUUUGCCCGAAAAGUACAUCCAUGAGCUCUUGAAGAUCUUCUCCCUUUCUCCAUCUUCCCUGCAAGCCUUUUCACUCAGCUUCACUCGCCGUUUCGGCAAGACUCGCUGCUGGCGUGUUGCCCUCGAGUGUUUACUUCUCCUGCACAGGCUGCUCAGGUCCGUCCCCGACGACAGCCCGUUUCGAUCGGAGCUCCUUUGGACUCGAUCCAACGGCUUGCUCACUCUCCACCCAUGUCAAUUCACCGACGAUUCUUCGUCCUCGGCGGCCUCUGGAGACUACACCGCUUUUAUCAGAUCCUACGCUCAACUCCUCGACGAAGCUCUCAAUUGCUUCGUUUUAGACACCAAGCUGGGACAAGAAUCAUGCGAAGAAGAAGAUCAACUGCCUCGAAGUACUACUCUACGCGAUAAGAUGAAGGAAGUUGGACGGAUGCUUGAAGUUUUGCCGCAGCUCCAGAGCCUCAUCGAUUGCGUAAUGGAUUGCCGGCCGACUGGGUUGGCAGAACGAAGCUUCAUUGUUCGCUCGACUAUGAAACAUGUUAUCCGAGACAGUUUCAUGUGUUACACAAUGUUCCGAAAAGAGAUUGUUGUUGUUUUAGACAAUCUUCUCCAAAUGCCGUACGGGAGUUGUAUAUCGGCAUUUGGCGUGUACAAGAAAGCUGCCGUCCAGGCAAGCCUGCUGAGCGAGUUUUACGAAUGGUGCAAAGGAAUGGGGCUUUGUGGGUCUUACGAGUACCCCUUUGUUGACCGGAUUCCGAACAUACAAAUCCGAGCUCUCGAGACUUUCCUCAGCGGAAUGUGGCAGAUGGGUCCGUCGUCGUCGUCCCCCGCCGCGUCUCGGUCUCGGUCGCCAUCGUCGGAGUCAACUUUAAUGGUAGACGACGACGGUGAGAGACAGCUGGUGCCAAUGGAUAUGGGAAACUCUGAAGGCGCUGCUUUGGUUAGACCUUGUGAUGAGAUGGAGCCAUUGAUUAAGUUUGAAGACGAUGAAAAUGUUGGUUGCUGGGACGACUGGGAGGCUCUUUUAGAAGCUUCUGUUAGCCUACCGCCAUUCCCUCCAUCAGGAAACUUCUCUGAGCGAGAGAAUCGCUUGCAUGUUGAUUGUAGUAGGAACAAUGGACAAGGAGACGAGACGAAUGCGUAG